UCUACUUGAAAGAAGAGUCAGGAGAAGCCAAACAUGUCUAAACUAACCACCCUUUUCACAGUAGCCCUUCUCUUCACCUUUAUGUUAUCUUAUUCUGCCACCGCUCGUCCAAACCCAACUCUCAUCGCUCACUCUCUUACAAAAACUCAACUUGAGGAGGUAGAGGCUGCAGGAAACGUCGUGGAUGCAGAAGAGAGCUGUGAAGGAGUUGGGAAUGAAGAAUGCUUGAGGAGAAGGACCCUUGGAGCUCAUCUUGAUUAUAUUUAUACACAGAAUCACAAUAACCCAUGAACUCUCGUUCACCAAAAUAUAUGUAAUAAUUGUAUUCAAUUACCAUCAGUUGGUUAGUGAUAAUAACAUAUAAAGAUAUAUGUUUUUCUCUUUGUUUUGAUAUAUUAUAUAUUUUAUACGCAUGUUCCAGGACUUCA